GAAUAAGACCCUCGUAACGAAAGUGUUGAAGAAAUUGACAAAGGACCCUGAAGAUAAGCAGUUGGCGAUGUUUUUCCAGGCCUUUGCUUUGAUGUCCAAGCAGAAAAACAUCACCCUCAUCAGAAAUGCAGGUGUACGAGACACCAUCUUGAACCUGACCUUGACAGCCCUUGCUCCUAAAUUUAAAGAAUUUGACCCUGAAGACUUUGAGCAGUGGUUCCAGGUCAACUUGUUUCCUGUGUUGGCGAGCCUCCACCCUGGCAGCUUGGUGGUGAUACCCAGUAACAUCAGCUGUGCAUCCUACGCAGCUAUACUCACUGGUCUUCGGCAAAAUGUGGAAUCCCUGGAACUGCAGGAUUCACACAGUUUGAGAUCAAGCAUAAAGUAUCUCAAGGAGACAUUUCCACGUUGCUCAGUUCCAGAUUCCUUCAUGUGCAAGGAGACCCCGGUUAAUGAGGACCUCAUCUGUGCUGCAGUUAAUAGAUCACAAGUCAAACUGUCUGUUGGCAAUUCCUCUGAAGCCCUGUGCAAUUUAAGCAUCACUGAACAUGCCUGUACCUUGGCUACAAAUCUCACAGCCAGCAACUUGGUCACACUGAUGAACUGCUCACUGGAAAGCCAAAGGUCUUACCCCGUUGAGGUCUGGAAGCUUUUCUUCAAGGAAACUUCUCCGGCACUAGACCAGGCUCUUGUGACAUACGCCAGCAUGGCCCCCAACAACAGCAACCCGUCAUUGUCACAUGCGCUUGAGGCUCUUGGGGAGAUAAGAAUUGCCAACUUCAGCCAGGCACAACUGCAGAAUGAGGACUUUGUAAACAGCUGGUUCCAGACAAAGAUUCGUCCGUUUCUGGCCUCUCCAUCCCCCAACUUCCUAUUCUGCCUAAGCUCCAAGAACUUGAGCUGCAAGACGUACCAGACUGUCAUCCAGGCAUUCAACAGCCAAAAGGCAUUCAUGGAAAGAGAAAGAAAGUCAGCAGUCUUCACUCAUUUCAUCAAGCCCUUCCUUUCAAGAAAUGACUCAUCAGAUCCUGGCUGUGUCUCAUUGAUCAACGGUAGUGGAGAGUGGGUACAGGUAAACUUUGGCAGCUUCUCUCGUUUCGCAACCCUGCAGGAUCUGCAAGCCCUCAAUGCCAACUUCUCCAGUGCCGGAUCGUUGUCUGUGCUCACUCCUACUCAGGUGGCACAGUUCACACUGAGCUCAGGCGCUUUGAAUGACACAGACCAAAUAGACCAUGUGUUUGAGGUUCUCGAGGAUGGUGAUGCUCUGGAAAAUGUGAAUGAAUUCCUGACACAGUUGACAGCAAGUGGAAAGGUCCCUGAUUUCCAACCUGCUGUGAGAGAUCGUGCGAUGAAUAGGACCUUCAACAUCAUCAGUCCGCAUUUCCUACGAUUCAACAGAGAAGACUGGUUUUCUUGGUUCCAUCUGAUACUGAAGUCGAUCCUCCCAAGUUUCAGCCAAUGAUGCUCAAGAAUGCAAC